AUUAGUGAGGAAGAAUUCCCUCUUUGGAAGCGCUGUGUGUGUGUGUGUGUGUGUGUGUGUUAAACGUCUGACGGCUGAACAAGAGACAUGCAUGAUUUUUACCAUGUUGAAACUUCUGCUGCUGUUAUGGGUUUUCAAUUACAGUGAAACCAUCCCUAUACAUGUGGCGGGAAAAAAGGGAGGCAGUGUCAUCUUACCGUGUGAAUUUAAGGCCAGGGAGAUUUUUCAUAUUCGAUUGAACAGACAGCCAACUUCCUUUGAAGGAGAAAUAUUUGUUUAUGAUAAGAACUACUGCAGUAAGCGAGUUUGUAAAAAAGGAGCGUGUGACGUCGUCAUCAAGGAUCUGAGACUGAGUGACGCUGGGAAAUACAUUUUAAAUGUCUAUUACAAUAAUGCUGAGUCCCUGCUGGAGCCACAAGUCAGGACGUACCAGCUUCAUAUUUAUGAUGAUAUUUUGGUCAAAAUCGGUGAGGAGCUGAAGUUAAAUGUUCUGUUGCCAGAUGCUCUUCAAGUUAUGCAUCAAAACACAAGCAGCGCAGAAUGGAAGAAGGUGUGGAAGAGAGGCAGCAAGUCAAGGGUUAAUAUAAAACACGAUCGACUGAAGGACAGUAAUGGGAUUUUGAGCAUUAAAAGGUUUACGGCUGAUGAUGCAGGAACAUACAGAGUUCUGGGCUAUGAAGGAGAAAUCUUGAUCACAGUCACAGUCAUAGAAGAGAAAUCAAUAUCCCCUACAGAAUCGAAAGGAAAUCUGAACUACACGGAUGAUGAACAAAAACGUAAUCACUGGAGUUUGUUCGGGCCGGCGGGACUGUUUGUGUCAUUUGUAUUGUUUCUGAUUCUGAUUGCUGCUAUCAUCAAAAAGAUGCAGUGACUUCUUUAGCAUCUGGACAUAUGCUCUGUC